AUGGCGGAGCCGGGCUCGACGGAGUCUAAGGCCCAACCUCAGGUCAACCUCGAUGGCCUUGGAAUCUUCUGGAUCGCAUUUGCCCUCUCCUGGACCUUGAUUGUCGCGGGUGGCAUGAUAUUUCUAUGGCAUCAUCGCGACAUGCCUAUCCUAAGGAUUCGGGGCCUACCGCUAUCAUUGCUUGCCAUCACCUUGCUCCACUUCUACUGGGGCACCGUCCAGACCGGUUAUGUCUAUCUCCCUCUUGCUAUACCUGAGGUCGAGUAUUGGAUCAUGAGCAUCUACCUCCCUUGCGGCAUCGCUCUAUUCCACGCCUCUAAUACUCGAUUUCUCCUUGUCGCUAAAGCCCAGAAGGAGCUCUUUACUUCAGACGCUGCCUCGAUUCAGAGCAAGCGUGCCAAGACGAACUCCCUUAUCUGUCGCUUUCGAUCUCUCGACUACACCAAAAAGAUUCUGAUCCUUGUGGGCGCAGGCAUGGGUUUUCAGUUCUUGCUUACACUCUUUAUGUACCUCAUUUCGCGAAAGUUCCAUCCCUCCUUCGGCAUUCUGGGCACUGAGCUUACUGUAACCGAAGACUUUCGGGAGUCGCAAAUGGGAAGAGGCUGGGAAUGGUGGCCAUCUGUCUUUUGGCAGCUCUUCUGGGCAUGGAUCGUCGCUCCCUAUAUUCUCUGGCAUGCUCGUAGAAUCGAUGAUACCCAAGGAUGGAGGACCCAAACUAUUGCUUGCUGCCUUUCGAGGUUGGUAUACCUUAACAUUAAUAUGCCUGACUCUACACUAACUGCUAAAGCAGUCUUCAUGCUACGCCAAUGUGGCUCAUUGCUCUAUAUGUCCCUGCUAUGUCGGCGAUUAACAACGUCUGGGUUCCGCCUCAAUGGCAAGUUAUCCCGGAUUGCCAUCUCUAUCAUGAUGCUCGAGAUCAUCACCAUCUUCCUACCUUGCUGGGAGGUUGUUAGGCAUCAGACUCUGCGCCGAGAAACUAUCGACUCGAUCGCUCAAUGGCAACAGAAUAAGAGGCGUAUCGGCAUGGCUUCAAAGUCCAUUGCCACAAGCUCAACGACAGCAGUUAGCUCAUCACGAACUAGAUGGUCCAAAGACGGCUCUACUAAGAGCGACUCCGACGAGAUUCUCCUCACUAUGGAAGCUCUCGAGUGCGUCCUUGAGCGAAAUCCUGGGCCACUUCAGCAGUUCUCUGCCCUCCGGGAUUUCUCUGGAGAGAAUAUUGCCUUCCUGAGAGCCGUCGCUUACUGGAGGUUUUCGCUUCCUGCAGCAGUUCGUAAUCCGGAUAAGGUUAAGGACAACGCGGUCCAGGAACUUAUCCGCGAACAAUUCAACAGUGCUCUCCAAAUCUAUACCGACUUCGUCAGCUCCCGCGAUGCCAAGUUUCCGAUCAACCUUUCCUCACAGGAUCUCAAGAGGCUCGAGUUUGUUUUCGAGCCGUCCGCCCGCAUUCUUUGUGGCGAAAAGCGCGAUGUUGAUCCCGCUACGCCCUUUGAAUCCUUUGCAAUGGCCACCAAGGUCGAGCCGUCUUCCGCGUCGUCUCAUGGUUCUGAGGCCGGUAUCUUGACCGGGUCGGUCAACGAGACGGACGCAAUGGGAGACAAGGCCCUCUACUGGGGUGACAUCCCCGACGGCUUUAAUGUCACCAUUUUUGAUGACGCUGAAGCAAGCAUCAAGUAUCUUGUCUUGACCAACACCUGGCCAAAGUUUGUUAAAGAACGACGAUGCUCGAUCAACUCGAACGAUACCAUUGAGGCAGGAAAUGCCAUUCCUGCUACCCGUUGA